AUGAUGCACCCUUUCCAGCGAGUGAUUCAGCCAGAGGAGAUGUGGCUCUAUAGAAACCCAUAUGUGGUCUCCGAUCGAGUCCCCACUAACAGCAUGUUUGUAAGUACCCUGUCUUGA